AUGAAGAGCGAAAGCCUCAAAGAUACGGAAUCUGGAGGGAGUGGCUCAGCAACGAACGUCUUUUUGAGUAAUGAGUUACAGGCGCGUGUCGCCGCCGCCGCCGACUUGAACAAGCACGACAGGCUCAACAGGUGCAACAAGAGCAAUAGUGCUGAGGAAGAAACGACCAACGCGAUCCCAAGCGAGGAGAUCCAAAAGCAUUUCAACGUCUUAAACAAGUUCCCGGUCGAAAGGAGGGUUGGCGAGAGCGGCAUAUCGUCUAGCGACUCCUUCUCGAUCCUUACGAUCAAAGAGAGCGACGUCGGGCCGGACGCCCGAGUCGUGAUAUGCCCUCUCCCUCCAGACCACAUACCCACCAGCUCACUCGAGGCUGUAGUCCUUCCGGCAGUCACUGGCCAGAGCUUGGUCGUCGCACGCCAGUCUCCGGAUAAUACCGACUUCACACUUGAUCUCGAAAACGGCCGUAGCUGCCGCUUCUUCUAUGAUGUCGCCAGCGAUAACCUGAUUGCUCAUAACUUGGGCAUCAAGGAGCUGCAUCUGCUCGCCCUCGAGACGGAUGAGGCUGACGGCAAAUUUGGGCAGAGUGCGAGCGUCCAGGCGCAGAUGAUCCGACCAAUUUCACCAGGCUACUGGCGUAUUGCGAAGGACAAGAACGGGAAGCCUGAUAAGUUGCUGACGGAGCUUUUGCUCUUCCGGCGACGAUACUCGUUGAAGAAAUCGAGCCAGAUUACUGCGGCGGCUGGCUCGAAGAGACCUGUAUCAGAGGACGCCGACACAGCCGUCGCUGUGAGGAGUACUUCGCUUGAACUCAUCUCCCGCGAUAACCCAAUGCUGGAGGUCCGCCAAACCACCAAGCUGAGCGUCAUUUCUUCGGAUGCGGACGACUUCGCGGUUGCCAACCUCCGAGACAUUGUCGACCGAAACGCCACUAUGGUGUUCCGUGGCAUGCACUCUAAGUUCGGUGAUUCAGUCGUCAAAGUGAUCAGAAAACGCGAAUAUUCAUCGGAAACACAUGAUGUAAUUUCCCUGGUCAGAAUGUGGAGACGAGAGGUGCAAUUUAUGGCGUCGAUGAAGCAUGACUCCAUUGUCAAGUUCUAUGGCGCAGAUGGCCGUUUCUACACCAUCUUUAUGGAGUAUCUGCCAUACCCAGACCUUUCUGCCAUCUGCGAGAUGCGGAACCGCCAGUUCUCAGGCACAGAUCAGGACGCAGUUCGCGUCUUGCGAGACUCCUCGAGCGCUCUCGCAUAUCUCGCGGAGCGCAGAAUUAUGCACAACGACAUCAAGCCUGGGAACAUCCUCUAUGACAAAACUCGCGGCGCGGUACUGAUUGACUUCGGUAUGGUGUCUGUCGAUGGCUUUUCCCGGCCACCCGGCGGGACUCCCCAUUACAUGGCUCCAGAAUCAGCAGAGGACGGGGGAAGGGUUCUCGGGAGCGAUGUCUUCUCACUCGGAGUGACCAUGCUCUACUUGCUCAAGAUGACGCCGCUGCCGGAGGCGACAGCGCGAGCUUGGGACCUUGACAAUAUGCACUGCCAACCAGCUCAAGAUUGGCGAGCCAAUGUUGGCAAGAUCAGGCAACGCCUUAGCACAGAUGGCGUUGAGGGAAUCGUCUCCAAAAUGUUGGAAGGAAAGCCCAGAAAUCGAAUUUCGGCUGCUGCUAUCACCGGGUUACUGGCAUCUUACAUUUUCGCACAGUCGUAA